AUGACAAGCGGGACGUACGUACGCGGCGGCGGCCGGGGUGGCGCGCGCAGUCGGCGCCGCUCGGAGCCGCUGGUGUCCCCGCUGCCGGUGGGCGGCCUGGCCGAGCCCUGGGGCGACAGCUCGCGAGACGCUGAGGACGACGGCUCCGACUCGAGCUCAGUACAGAGCUCGCUGGACCGGUCGGCCAGCUGCGACGAGUCGCUCGUCUUCCUCGAGCAGUGGCCGGGCAAGGUGUGCGCCCUCUGUAACCUAAGCGAGCGCAGCGUGCUGGGUCAGGGAGAGAUGCGAUGCGUGCAGCUGGCCCCGGCCGGCGGCGACGGAGCCGAGGCCACCGCAGCCGCCGACCCUGACCGAAAGUCCAUUCUGAAGACCAUCGUCAAAAAAGAGAAGACGUGCGGCUCGCCGCGCAAGGAGGCGCUGCUGGCCGACGAGGCCGGCUGUGACGAGCUGGCCGCCGUCGGGUACGCGGCGCCGCCGCCGGCCGAGCUGCUGCGCGACGAGGCCGGCGCGUGCUUCGUGCACGCCGGCUGCGCGCUGUGGUCGCGCGGCGUGCGCUCAGAGGACGGCGGUGUGACUCUGGAGGGCGUCGGCCGGGCCGUGGCGGCCGCCGCCAACGUGCGCUGCCACUACUGCCACCGGUUCGGCGCGUCUCUGUACUGCGCGGUGGACGAGUGUCCGGCUGUGUUUCACAUGCCGUGCGCCGCCGCCUCGGCCGCCUUCCAGAACAUCAACCACCACCAGGUGUGGUGUUUCACCCACCUGGACCGGGUGCCACCAGAGGGAAAGGACACGUGUAUCAACUGCGACGACUCGGGGAAGAUUGCCUCGAUGCUGUUCUGCUCGUCGUGCGGAACCCACUUCCACGUGGACUGCACCACGCCGCCGCUGCCCGACAACCCCAAUAUCCGCGCCGGCUGGCAGUGUCCCGGCUGCAAGGUGUGCCAGCACUGCCGACAGCCGGGCGAGGAGGGCCGCCAGCUGUGCUGCGACGCCUGUGACCGGGCCUUCCACAUCUACUGCGCCCGGCCGGCGCUCGGCUCGCUGCCCAAGAGCGGCUGGAAGUGCCGGUACUGCCGGGUGUGCACGGACUGCGGCGCGCGCACGCCCGGCGCCGGCGUCAGCUCCCGGUGGCACAACACCUACUCUGUGUGCGACUCGUGCUACCAGCAGCGCAACAAGGGCGUCAGCUGCCCCGUGUGCGGCCGCGCCUACCGGCACUUUGCGCAGAAAACCAUGCAGCAGUGCAGCGCCUGCCGACGGUACGUGCACACCACCUGUGACCCGGAGGCGGAGCUGGCGGCGGCCGGCGCCGGCUCCUCGGGGCCCUACGUGUGCACCGUGUGCCGCACCGGCGGGCCGCCGCCCUCCGCAGACACCUCCCUGGACGGACACGACGCCGGCGACGCGUCCCAGUCGUCGAGCGGCGCCGCGCACCACUUCCACUUCGGCGAGGAGGGCACGCCCCGCGCCAAGGGUGGCGGGAAGCCGCUCCACCUGGUCAAGAAGAAGCUGGGCAUCAAGACUGGCGGCGGCGGCGGCCGGCUGGGCGGUAAGCCGCCGGGCAAGCCGUCCAAGACGGACGUGCUGAAGAAAAAGCGGCUGCCAGACGUGCACCGUAAGCGGGCCUACAAGGCCAAGGUGCGAGGGAUGUUCGGCGCGCCGGCCGUGGCGCUCCAGCGUCCGGAGAACCCGGCCGGCGCCGGCGGCGGCUCCUUCUACAAGUCGAACCCCAACGACGACAACCAGAUGGUGCUCUGCUCGUCCCGCGACGAGUUCGUGCUGCAGCAGGACGUGUGCGUCAUGUGCGGCUCGUUCGGCCAGGACAUGGAGGGCCGCGUCAUCGCCUGCGCCCAGUGCGGCCAGGCCUACCACCCUUACUGUAUCACCAUCAAGGUGAAUAAGGUGGUGCUGGAGCGUGGCUUCCGCUGUCUGGACUGCACCGUCUGCGAGGGCUGUGGCCAGAAGAACGACGAGAGUCGACUGAUCCUGUGCGACGAGUGCGACAUCUCGUUCCACACGUACUGCAUGGACCCGCCGCUCGACUACGUGCCGCACGGCGGAUGGAAGUGCCAGUGGUGCGCGGUGUGCGUCCACUGCGGCUCUCAGUCUCCGGGCGGCGAGGGCUGCACCUGGCUGGACAACUACACCAUGUGCGGCCCGUGCGGCUCGCUGACGCGCUGCGCCACCUGCCAGGAGCCCUACCAGGACGGCCAGCUCAUCAUCGAGUGCGCCCAGUGCCUCAGGUGGAGUCACGCGGCGGACGAUUUCAUCCACACUGAGGAGGACGCCGAGGUGUGCGCCACCAUGGGCUACACGUGCACCCGGUGUCGGCCGGCCGACGAGCCGCCGCCGCACAUGCAGCCAUCCGUCGACGCCUCCAUCGUCGAGCCCGACAGCCCCGCGGAGAAAAAGCCGGAGCAGUGGCGGCCGUCUGAGCGGUUCUUCGUCAUGGACAACGUGUACGUCUCCGACACGGGCUACAAGGUCAUCCAGGGGCUCACCAUCGAGCCGGCCAAAAAGAAAAAGAAGCGUGUUGACUGCAAGGGCGACGGCAGCAUCUCGGCGGCCAUUGACAGUGUGCUGGGCACCACCUCGAUGCUGGAGGAGCCGGACGAGCCGGAGCCUGUGGCCGAGUCGGCCGCCCAGUCGGUCUGGAAGGACGGCAUGGUGCUGCCGCCCAAAGAGGACGGCUCACCGCCCGACCUACCAGACGGAUUCACCAUGACUCGGCUCGAGUCCGGCGACUACGUCAUCAGAAAGAAACGACAGCGCAACAUGCAGAAGAUCGGCGUCGGCGGAUUCUACGUGAAGGCGCGCGGCCCCAAGAUCCUGAACAUGAAGGACGAGGAGGAGCGUCAGGAGGCGGCGGCGGCGGCGGCGCAGGCGGCGGCCGCCUCGGCUCUGGCGGCGGCCACGGCGGCGGCCGAGGGCGGCGGCGGGCCUUCGCUGACCCCCGGCACCCCGGUCACACCCACAGAGGACGGACAGAGUACGGCCGCCGCCGCCGACACCGCCUUCGCCGUGCCCGGGGACAAGCCAAAGAAGAAGGCCGUGCGCCGCAACAAGAAGUACAAGCUGAUCGAGGCGUACCCGCUGUACCUGCAGGAGUCGUUCUUCGGCAAGGAGCUGAUCGACAGCUCGCGGGAGGCCAAAAUGUCGGAGAGCGAGGAGGAGCGCGAGGAGCCGCCGGCCGAGGACGAGGCUGACGAGGAGGAGCAGCCCGAGAAGGAGUUCACACUCCAACUCUCCAAGGCCGAGCGGGACCUGGUGCGCGAGGCUCAGGAGCGCAGGGAGACUGAGGAGCGACUCCAGCAGGAGCAGGAGGCCUCCAGCAAGGAGCUGGCUGCCGGGACCGGCGCCGGCGGCGACGCCAAGUCGGAUAAACUGAACGAGACUGACGACGACGGCGAGGACGCGCUCAACGACAUCUUCCCCGGUCUGGGCGCCGACCUGGAGGGCGACCUGGUGGACACCAUCCUCAACGAGGACGAAAACGCUCUGGGCGAGCACCCGGACCUGGAGGACAUCGCCGACUCGGAGCUGGCCAACAUGUCCGGAGACGACGCCGAGGGCGGCGCCAGCAAGGACGAGCUCUCCGAGCUGCUGGACGGCCCGUGGCCGGAGAGCUUCGAGUCGAUGGUGACCGGGCUGCCCAACAUGGACGGUCAGGACGUGGAGGACCUGCUGAAGGACACACUGGAGGUGACGCCGCAGCAGGUGGCGGCGCAGCACCAGCAGCAGCAGCAGCAGCGGCAGGCGCAGCUGGCCCAGCAGCGGCAGCUGCAGCUGGCCCAGCAGCAGCAGCAGCAGCAGCAGCAGGCGGAGCAGGCGCGGCCGGCGCUGCCGCCGCCGCCGGGGAUGCCGCCGCCGGCGCAGCAGCUGCAGCUGAUCCGCGCGCCGCUGCAGCACCCGCAGCAGCCGCUGGGCGCGGCCGUCCGGUUUCGCGCGCCGCCGCCGCAGCAGCAGGCCAUGGUGGCGGGCGCCGGGCCGGCCCCCCUGCCGCACAUGGCACAGUUUGGACAGGAGCACGGAGGCCAGUUUGGCGAGUUCGCGGACCGGCCGCAGUCGGGUGAGAUGGCGUGGACGGGCGCCGGCGCCGUGGCCCGUCCGGUGGCCGGCGCCUCCGGCACUCAGCCGCCGCCGGGCGCCACCAGCGAGUCACAGACGUACAACCAGCGCAACCUGGCCAAGUGGGAGCACGACAUGAGCCUGGGCGAGGCGGCCACCAUCUCACCGGUGCUGUACGCCAACCACAAACACCCCGAGCUGCUCACUGAGUUCCCAGCCGUGGCCGAUCGAGUCCGGCAGAUCAUGAAGAUAUGGCGCGCCCUCUCGCCCGAGAGCAAGCAGCCCUACCUGCAGAAGGCCAAGGACAACCGCUCCGCCAGCAAGGAGGCCGUUCAGCACCGGCCCACCACGCUGCAGACCAACGAGCAGCAGUGGCGGCAGAUGCAGGCGCUCCGUCAGCAGCAGGCGCAGCAGCAGGCGCAGCAGCAGCAGCAGGUCCAGCAGUCCCAGCAGCAGCACAUCCAGCAGCAGCAGCAGCAUCCCGGCCCGAGCCCCGGUCUGAGCCCCGGCCCCAGUCCCGGCCCCAGUCCCGGCCCGGGCCCCGGCGCGCCGGCCGCCGUCCCCAGCCCGUUCGCCGUCCGGCCCGGCCAGGCGGACCCGUUCAUGCAGCUGGGCGGCCCGUCGCGGCCCGGCCAGCCGGCCGACGGCGGAGAGCUGGCGCUGGCCCGACAGCAGCAGCUGCGCGAGCUGCUCCAGCGACAGCAGCAGCAGCAGCAACAACAGCACCACGGCUCUGCGCGGGCGGCGCUGCCGCACCACGGCCAGCCGUUCCGACAGCCGCUGCCGCCGCAGCAGCGCCAGCCGCGCAUGAUGCAGCUGAUCGUGCAGCAGCGGCUGCAGGCGCAGCAGCAGGCGCAGCAGCGCGCGGCAGAAAUCCAGGCGUCCAACCCGCGGACUGUCUGCCGUUCCUGGGUGUCUCCGCCGCCGCCUCCUCCUUCAGCCGCCGGCCUCCCCGCAGCAGCAGCAGCAGCAGCACAACAGCAGGCUCAGCAGCAGCAGCAGCAGCAAGCUCAACAACAGCAGCAGCAAGCUCAGCAGCAAGCUCAGCAACAGCAACAGCAGGCUCAACAGCAACAGCAACAACAACAGCAACAACAACAAGGGGUCCAGCCUGCGCAGCAAAUAAAACAAGAGCAGCAGCGGCAGCAGCAGGAGGAGCCGGCUGCGGCUGCCGAGGAUAAAACAGACGGCGACGAGGAUGAUGAACUUCUCGGAAUCGGGGACGACUUUAACCUGCUGAACUACGCUCACCCGGAGCUGGGGGAGCACAAGACUGUCCUGGAGCUGGUGGGUGAGGAGCAGGAGCAGGAACAGGAGCAACAGCGCGGCGCGGCGGCCGCCGCAGCUGCCGCAGCCGCCGCCGCCGCAGCCGCCGCCGCCUCGGCCGUCAGCUCGGCGGCCGCCACCACGGCCGGGCUCCGGCCGGGCGCCGGCAUGUCCGCGGCGGCGGUGGUGUCCGCGGGGGCGGUGUCCGCGGCCGGAGCGAUGUCCGGAGCGGUGUCGGGAGUCAGCUCGGCAGCGGCGCUCCACACUGCGCCCGCAGUGGUCAGCGCCGCCGGCGGGAUGCAGCAGCACAGGCCGGUGAUGAUGACCCAGCAGCAGGUCGGGGUCGGCCCUGCCGCCGCCGCCGGCGCCGCCGCCGUGGGCCACCCGGCGGGCCCGCCGCGGCCGCCGCCCCACGGCGCCAUCCCGGUACACCGCCCGCUGCCGCCUGGCCAGCCGACCAUGGGCGUGCCGGCGCACGGCACGGUGGGCUACGCCUCUGGAGUUCGCCCGCCGCCGUACCCUGGCCGCGUGCCGCCGCCGUACCAGCCGAGCGGCGAGCGCAAACCGGCCCUGCUGCAGGAGCAGCCGCUGCUGCUGGCUGACCUGCUGGAGGAGGAGAAGCGCGAGCAGCAGCGCCAGCAGCCGGCCGCCGGCCAGCCGCCGCACCAGCUGCACGCGCAGCAGGUGGCUGCCGACGCCGAGUACAAGCCGGAGGGGCUGGCGGCGGGGGCGGCCGGCGGGCCGCAGCCGCCGCAGCCACAGGCCAUGGCCAGACCCGAGUACGCGGUGACGUCUGGCGCGUCGCUGGGCGGCCACCCGUCAGCCGGCGGCCAGCUGUACCAGGGGGUGACCGGUGGUGGCCUGCAGCAGCGGCCGGCUAUGGCACUGCAGCAGGGCCGGCCGGCGCAGCACGACCCCGGACUGCACCCAGCGCUGCUGCAGCACCCGCCGCACCCGGCGCGGCCGCACCCGACCCUGAUGGGCGGCCCGUCGGCGGUCGCGCCGGCCGCCGCCGCCACCUCGGCACCUGUCCAGCUGACUGUCCAGAACGCGCCGGCGCCGCCCGCGCCCGUCGACAACCCGCAGACGCCCGAGCAGGUCAAGGUCAUGCACGACUACGAACAGUGGCUGAUCCAUGAACAGGAGGUCUACUCUGUCCAGCUGAAAACCCUGGAGACGGAGAUCACCAAAUACCGCAAACAGCGCCGCUCGUACAACAGCAAACAGCGCACGCUGCGCAAGAACGGCCAGGAACUGAGCGUGGUAGACUCGGCCGAGUUUGACCGCAUCUGCUCCGAGCAGGCGGCCAUUCAGAAACAGAUCGAGGCCGUGCGGAAGGCCUCCCGACAGCACAACAUGGUCUUCCAGGACUACCGUAACAAGAAGCCGAAGCCGCCGGGCGCGGUGGCGGUGCCGGGCGCAGUGGGCGGCCAGGUGGUGCAGUCGGCCGGGGCCGCCAUGGCCAGCAUGGCCCGGAUGCCGUCGCCUCGGCUGCCCGGGCCGCCGCGCUCGCCCAUGGUGCCGCCGUCGUCGCCGUCCCAGUCGCCGCUGGCCAGCCCGGGCCCGCGCAUGUCGCCGAGCCUGCGUCCGCCGGCCUCGCCGCUGGAGGGCGGCCCGUUCUCGCCGCACAGCAGCCCUCAGGAGGCGCGCCUGCACCCGGUACUGCUGCAGCGCUUCCCGGCCGGGCCGCGGGCGCCGAUGGCGCUGGUGCGGCAGCCGCUGCGCGGCCCGCAGCCGGGCGCGCGCACGCCGAGUCCGCAGCAGAUCCGGCGGCCGUCGGGCGGCGCGCUGGCCAGCCCGCACUGCCAGCAGGUGAUGUCGCCGUCGCCGUUCGUCACCAGCCCGCAGCCGAGUCCGCUGAUGUCGCCGGCCCAGAUGGCGUGCAGUCCGGGCGGCGCGCCGCACCCGCAGAGUCCGCACACGCCCGGCCAGAGCCAGCAGACGCCCGUGGCCAGCCCGCGACCGGCCCAGUCGCCGCGGCCGGUGCCCUCGCCCGGCGGCGAGCAGUACUACCUGCAGCAGCAGCAGCAGAACCCGCAGCAGCAGGCGGCGACCUCCCAGCCGCAGCAACAGCAGCAGCAGCACGUGCCAACUUCCCAGCAGCAGCAGCAGCAGCAGCAGAGGUACGGCGGCGGCAGCGGGCCGCAGACUCCGACGCAGCAGCAGAUCAUGUCUCCGCGUCCGCCUCAGAGUCCGCACCCGGUGCAGUCGCCCGGCCACGAGCAGUUCUACAUGCAGCAGCAACAGCAGCAGCAGCAACAACAAGCACAGCAACAACAGCAAGCGCAACAACAGCAGCAGUAUGUGAGGAGCGGCGGCCCGCCGACUCCCGGACAGAUCAUGUCUCCCCGCACCCCGCAGAGUCCGCGGCCGGCGCCGUCCCCGGGGCACGAGCAGCAGCAGUACUACAUCCAGCAGCAGCAGCACCAGCAGGCCCAGCAGCAAGCGGCGCCCGGCCAGCAGCCGCCGCAGCGCUACCCGCAGCCGGGCCAGCAGGUGCAGUACCGCGUGCGGUCGCCGCAGCAGCAGCCGCAGCAACAGAUACGGAUGCACCAGCAGAUCCCGCAGCACAUCAUCCAGCAGCGGCUGCAGCAGCAGCAGAUGAUGCGCCAGAACCCGGGCCAGCUGCACCUGCACCAGCAGCACAUUCAGCAGCAGCAGCUGGGCCAGCCGGCGGCCGACCAGCAGCCCGGACAGAUGCACCAGCAGCCGAUGAUGAUCCGGCAGGUGCAGCAGCAGCACCACCAGCAGCUCAUGCAGCAGAGACAGCAGCAGCAGCAGCCGCAGCUGCAGCAGCAGCUACUCCACCAGCAGAGACUCCAGCAGCAGCAGAUGGCGCGACAGAUGCCCAGGCUGCCGCCGUCGCCGCAACACCAGCAGCAAAUGCAGCAACAGCAACAACAAAUGCAUCAUCAGCAACACCAGCAACAGCAAGUUCAGCAUCCACAGCAUCACCAGAUGCAGCAACAGCAACAGCACAUGCAACAGCAACAGCAUCAGAUGCAGCAGCCGCAGCAGCAGCCGCAGCAGCAGCGGCCGCCCAGUGUGCCGCAGAUGGGCCAGCCGGGCAGUAACCCGGCCACGCCGCAGCCGGGCAGCCACCCGGGCACGCCGGCGCCGGCCACCCCGCACGGUUCCUCGCCGCGACAGCCGUCCACGCCUGGCUCGGCCGUGCCGCCGGCCAGCCCGGCGCCGCAGCCGGCCGCGGGCGGGGCCGGCCCGCCGCCCGCGCCGGCCGCCCAGCCGGCCCCGGCCCCGGCCGGAGCUGCCGGAGGGAACGGAGGGGCUGCCGGAGGGAACGGAGGGGCUGCCGGUGGAGCGGCCGGAGGGAACGGCGGCGGCGGCGGCGGUGCCGCUGGAGCCGCCGUGGCUCCCCUGCCGCCGGGCCGCUCGUUCGGACGGUUCGGCCAUUUCCCGAUGGGACUGCGCGGCGGAGCGAACCCGGACCUGAUGCGCGCUCUGCGGGGCCGUCCGCCCGGCUGGUGGAAACUCGGUCUGAAGGGCGGUACGCCCACGAUGACUCCGACGCCAACACCAAACCCGACUCCGACACCGACCUCCACCGAAGCCGGGCCUGUGGAAACCCCGACUACGACAGCUGCCACCGAUGCAGCCUCAGCGACACCGUCUGUAUCGACUGAGACUUCAAGUACACCCACGGCUGCCGCCACCGACACUGCCGUGUCGUCGGGCGCACAGAGCGCCACUCCGGCUACCAGUACCGACAGCGCCCAGCCGCCGGUCUCCAGUGACGCUCCAACGCCGGCGGCCUCCUCCGCUCCCCCGGCUGAGGCCCCGGCGUCCGCUGCCGAGACCACGACCGCUACAGCCGCGCCGGGCGGCGAGACGACGGCCGCUGCGCCUGCACAGAGCUCAGCUCCGGCCCCGACGUCAUCAGCGGCUGUUACGGAAGUACCUACCUCUAGUGGGACUGCCGCUGCGGCUCCGGCAUCUACGGGAGACUCUGCAUCGACUGCGGCUCCGUCCUCGGCGCCGACUCCGACUCCGGCUCCGACUCCGGCUCCGACUCCGGCUUCGACUCCGGCUUCGACUCCGGUCCAGUCAGCCGGUUCGGCGCCCAGUGCCGCGUCCUCCGGAAGUGCGGCUCCUCUGUCGGCCGCCGCGGUUUCAGCUCUAACCCUGCUGUCUGCGCCCUCUACUCUGUCACAGACGGUGAUCCUGACGCCGGGCCCGGACGGACCGCGGGUGGCGCCUGUCGUCAUGUCGAACGGCACGGUGUCGGCUCUGACGACUGCCCCGCGUCCCGUCCCGGCGGCGGCGGUGUCUGCCUGCGCUGCCCCGGUGCUGGCGGCGGCCUCGCUGACGGCGGCGGUGGCGGCCAACACGGCGCUGGUGGCCUCCACGGCGGCCGGAGAGUCCCCGGUCUCGUCCGCUGCCGGUCUGAUGGCCGCCGUCUCUGCCAACACCUCUCAGAUCGCCGCACCGUCGCUGGUGACGCCGUCCCUGGCGUCCUCGGCCGCCGCCGUGGCCGUGGCCACUGCCUCAGCGGUCAGCUCCCUGGCGACGUCUGCCCCGGUGCCGCAGCUGCCCACCUCGCGGCUCUCAGAGGUACCACCCAGUAGCGUGCACCAGGCCAUGAUCGGCAUUCCCGGCGCGGGCAUAUCGAACGCGGCGCGGAUCGGCGCGCUGCUCGAGAGCGCGGCCACGGCGGCCGUGGCGCGCCCGCUGGCCGGCGCCGUGUCCUCUGGUGGUGCGGGCUCUGCCGGCGCCGCCACCCAGCUGGUGAGCGUGUACGGACGCCGCCCGGUGGCCGCCGGCGCCGAGAGCGGGGCACCUGGCGUCGACCCGCCGCCCGUCAGCGGCCUGUCCAUCCACCAGCAGCAGCACCACAUGACCGGCGGCACGGUGCUCUCCUCGGCGUCCGGAGGCCCAGCGACCUCUCAUACUGCCGCCCCGGCCCGCAGCACCGCGGAGACGACCACAGCUGAGUCUGCCGGCGCCAGACCGGCGGUCUCUGAUACUGCCCCGGAGCAGCCGCCGCCGCCGGCCGGGCGCCAGGAGAACGUGCUGCUCAAGAAGCUGCUGCAGAACGCCGGCUGCGCCACGACGGCGGGCCAGCCGGGCGGCGCGCACCAGUUUGUGCUGACGCCGUCCGUGGCCGGCCAGCUGACCGCCAAACAGGCGGUCGGCGGCUCGACCAUCUCGCCGAUCGCGCGCCAGCAGCCGCAGCCGCCCAAGCCGCUGCAGGUGCCGGCGGCGCUGGCGCGGCCGCCGGGCCAGGAGGCGGCCGGCGCGCGGCCGCAGACCGUCUCUGUGGACAGCCUGCUGGCGGCGCGGCCCGGCUCCCUGGCCGUGCUGCGGCCCGCCGGCGCGCCGCUGUCUGCCGCGCCCACCGCCGUCACCGGAGUCGCGGCGGCCUCCCCGCUGACCCACUCCUCCCCGGUCCCCACCGGCUCCCCGUCGCCCUCCCCGUCCCCUUCCCUGACCCCGACCCCGACCGCGGCCGCUCCGGCGGCCACCUCCACCCCGACCUCCACCCCGACCCCGACCUCGGCGUUCGCCCUGGCGUCCGCCGUCUCCUCCGCCUCAUCCUCGCCCGUCCCGUCCGGCUCGCAGGCGGGACGGCCGCCGUCGGCCGGCCUGGCGGCGGCGCGGGACGGCGCGCGGACACCGCAGACACCGCCGGCCGGGGAGGCCGGCCAGCCGUGCAGCUCGGUCAUCACACCGACCAGCUCCGUCUCACUGCCGCCCGACGUCCUGCAGCGGGCCCGCGAGGCUGAGGAGCUGAAGAAGCAGAAGCGGCGUCAGUACCAGCAAAAGAGGCGCCAGUCGCAGGGCAAGGACGGCGGCGGCGCCAAGAAACGGACCCGAAAGGGCUCCAAGCUGGAGGAGGACUACGACGCGUUCCUGGAGGGUCUGAUGCACCAGCUGGGCUCCCUGCCGGCGCUGGCCGUCCAGGAGCCGCCGGUGCCCGCCUGUCUGGGCGUGGUGAGCGCGCCCGGCGCCGGGCCGCACGCCAGCCGGCUGGGCCGUCCCGGCUACCGGCCGCAGCUGGGCGAACUGGUGGCGCGCGACGGAGACACCCUGGAGACGGCGGCCGGCGCCGGCGACUACUACAGCCGGCAGCCGUUCGGCGACCGGCAGCCGCGGCCCACCCAGCACACGCUCGGCAGAACCAUCCUGGGCUUCUACCAGCAGGAGUUCGGAAACAAGGACGACAUCAUCCCGUGCCGCCGCGGCCGUCGGGACAGCGCCGGCACCCCGGCUCGGGACGCCGACUCUCCGGACACGGUGGUCAGCAGCUCGUCGCCGGAGACGGUGGCGCCCGACUGCAGCUACCGCUACCCAGGUGGCGGCCGCCGCGGCUGGCUGCCCUACCCCGCCUGCUACUCCUCCUCCAUCACGCCGUGUUCCUCCGAGGACGACUCGGCCACCGAGUCCUGCUCCUCCCCGGAGCCGGGCGGCGAGUCCUCCGUGCUGGGGCGCCACCGCUCCUCGCCGCAGCAGCUGGACCACAACUACAGUCAGACGGUGGCGCUGGGCCGGCCGCCGGCCGUCCGCCGCGCCGCCGCCGCCCCGUCGCCGAUCGUGGUGUUCCAGGACUGCGAGUCGGCGGCCGUGGUGCGUCCGGGGCUGGUCGGCAGGGGCUGCCCGGCCGCCCGGCCCGCCCCGGCCGUGUACACUGUGGACAGUGGGGACGAGGGCGGUGACGCGGAGGCGGUGGUGCGGGCCGCCGGGGCGGCGCUGCUGCCGCCGGCCAAGGUGGCCAUCUCUGCGCUGGGCUCGGCGGCGCUCGGCGCGCCCGACGUAGCCGAGGAGGUGGAGGUGCCCGGAGGCUCGGUCGAACUGGGGCGCACGGGGCCGCCGCCGGCCGCCGAGACUGUCCAUCGCGCCGAGACGGCCGGCCGGUCUCAGAGGGCAGCAGCUCACAGUGGGGAGAGAACGGCAAAGAAGGCUAAUAGCUCUGUGAAGGUGGUGGAUAUUAUAGAGGAGACGUCUGAUAAACUGGUAGCGAAGGCACCGCCCGAACCGGUGGUGGAAACGUACGAGAUUGCAUCUGCGGAGGCCGUGGAUGUAUCUGAGGGCACGACGGCGACUGAAGCAGAGAAACCUGUGGAGAAGGCACCGCCUACAUCGCCCAAGCCGGCAGACGAGACUCCGGCGCCUGAGUCGGCGGCACCGACCCCUGUGAAGCCCGCGGCGGCGGCGGCGUCAGCCCACUCGAGUCCGGCGGCGGCGCCGUGGAGUCUGAUCGACCUGGUGCCCGAGCUGGGCAGCUCCUCUGACCUCACCUCGGCGGGGGAGUCUCCGGCGCGCGCCGCCGACCGGCCGGCGCCGGCCGCGCACCAUCCGCCGGCGGAUGACGAGUUUAUCGAGUUCCUGGAGCAACACAGUCGCGUCCACUCGGCGGCCAGUACUCAGCCGGCCACCCCGGCCUCCAGCACUCAGCCGGCCACCCCGGCCUCCGUGGAGCCGCCGCUGAUCGACCUGGAGCCGGAGGGCGAGCCCGCGCCGCUGUCGGACACCGCCGGCCAACCGGAGCAUGCGGGACCCGCGGCGGCCGGGGCGCCGCAGAGGGACCCUGAGCCGCGGCCGCCGGUGUCGGGUGGAGAGGCGGCGCCCGGCCGCCAGGCAGACUCGCAGCGCCUGCUGAUCGUGAAUAGCUCCGUGUCGGCGGCUGCGGUGACGGGGUCGGUGCGGCCGACCCGCGGCGGCGCGCCCGUCGGCAGCGGCCUGGACAGCGCCGCGUCGAUCGUCGGCGGCCGGCUGAUCGUACACCAGCAGUCGCAGCCGGACCGGCCGCCGCCCAACAUCAUCCGCAUCCGCGUCAUACCGCCGGCGCCGCGCGCGGAGACGGCCGUGUCAGCGGCUGGGACAUCUCAGACAGCCGCCCCGGCGUCGGCGGCUGCCGCCUCGCAGACAGCCGCCCCGGGCCCGGCAGAGGCGAAGACGUCGGCCUCAACUCUGAUCACUUCAGCCCCAACAGCUCAGACUCCAGCUCCAGCUCAGACUCCAGCUCCGCCUCAAACGCUGACUUCAGCCGCAACUGCCACUCCAACUGCAAGCGUCACUUCAGCUCAGAAUUCAGCUCCAUUUUCAGCACAAACACAGACGAUUAUGUUGACUGAGGCGCUGACACAAACACUGACGCAGACACUGACGUCGAUUCAGACACCGACUCAGACACAUGCUCAAAUGCCAACACAGACGCCGACACAGCCAAGGACGCACAACCAGACACAGACGCUGACAACCACGGCGACACAGACACAAACACACCCACAGACUCUAUCGCAAACACCUGCGCCAUCGCGGGGUUGUAUACCGACUCCCGGGCCAGCACCGACAGCAGAGCCGCCGCCGCAGCAGCAGCGGGACCGGUCUGCUGUGAACCCACAUCAGCACCAGCAGCUGGUACCCCGGGCUCCGCCACCCGGCUGCCUCCCGCGGCCGCCGUCCCACCCGCCGCUGUCGGCCCGCGGCCCGGGCCGGCCGGCCGGCCCUUCCCAGCCGCUAAGGCCGUACGGCCGGGGUCGCGGCGGCGGACACCGGCCCGGCACGCCGGCCAGGGGACGCGGCCGCGGCUCUCGGCAGCGGCGCGUCUGCCGGUGCCGCUCGUGCCUGGCGCAGGCGCUGUACGGACCGCCGCCGCGGCCGGCCGGGAACCAGCUGGACGCGGACGGCCGCUGGCUGCCGCUGGGCCCGCUCGACCAGCGGCUCAUGUGGCGGCGCCGCUGUCCGGCGGGCGCCGGGGCCCGGCCUGGGCAGCAGCAGCAGCAGCACGCCCUGUCGGAGCUGCAAUCGCGCCUGCAGGACCCGGCCGCGCUCAGACGAUCCCUGAUACCCGCCUACCAGCACCAGCCGCUGCCGCCGCACCAGCCGCACGGACAGCACCAGCAGCUGCUUCACCAGCACCGCCACCAGCAGCACCAGUAUCUUCAGCACCAGCAUCAGCACCACCAGCACCACCGCCAUCACCAGCAGCCGCUGCCCCAUCUGGCCCCUCAGCCGGCGCCUCCUCCCGGCCACCACGCGCCGUGGGGCGCGCCGGGCUGCCGGCUGCUCUCCGCUGCCCACCAGGGCGCCGUGCCGCGCUCCCACCCGCUGGCGGCCGCCUCCGGCUACCAGCCGCCGGCGCCGCGGCUCUACCAGUCCGGGAUGCCAGUGUCGCAGUACCGGGGGCAGCUGCAGCCUUCCCGGCGCGUGGCCAGCUCCUCUGUACCGCAGGCGGGGUACCAGUCGGUGGUACCCGGCCCGUACCCCGGCCGGCAGCCGUGCGUGGCCGGCCGGUACCCGCCGCCGUACCCUGCCGCUCCCCCGCCGUCCGGUGCCGCUCCUGUGCUGUACCAGGGCCCGCCGGCGGCCGGGGCGGCGGCACCGGGUGGCGCCUGGCCGGCCCACCCGGCGGUACCGUCCGACAUGCACCCCCAUCCUGGUCCUGGGCCGGUGGCCGGAGAGGCGGCCCCGCCGCCGGCGCUCCUGUCUGCCGAGCUCCCGGCCGACCUGGCCGACCUGCACGACAGCUGUCUGCGUCUGAUCGAGGACGACUGGCCGGACCCGGCCGACCGGAGCCGCUGCAGCUCCCCGGACAUCCCGCUCAUCGCGCCCGUGCCGGUGCGAGCGCGGCCGGGCGUCUCGCUCAGCCACCUCAACGGCAUGGACAAGGAGAACAAGGAGACGCAGCUGAAGUCCCACCUGGGUAUCGAGUCGCCGGUGCGGCCGGCACGCGGCGCGGGUCAGGUGACGGUGACGCUGACACUGACCUCAGAGAAGGCGCAGGACGUGGGUGCCGUGCUGCGCAGCCUGGCCUCGCUGCUCAACAUCUCGCCGCCGUCCGGCUACCAGGUCAUAGAGCGGACCGGCACUCCGCCCAGCCAGCGGCUCGGACUGUACCGGCAGGCGCGCGGCAAGGACGGACGAGACCAGGUGGUGGACAUCCAGGAGAUCCUGAACGGCACGGCGCGCUUCUGCCAGUACUGCGAGGUGGUCAUCCUCAACGACAGCGGCAGCAUCAGCAAGGCCAAGUCGGAGCUGCCCGUGGUGCGAGACGCCGACCAGCUGGCGGACGAGCUGCACUUUUGCGGCCAGUCGUGUUUCAGCCAGUUCUGCGGCAGUCAGCUGACGCCGGCGGCGGCGGCCGAGCGUCGCGCCGGCGCCGUGGUCGGACACACCGGGCGAGACAUGUUCACCAACGGAGACGACCCGUUCACCAAGGAGCUGCUGAGCGGCCGCGGCGACCGGCAGCUGUCCCGGCACGAGUCGGGCGGCUCGUCGGCCGGCGCCGCCAGCGACACCAAGGAGCCCGCCGGCAAACGCUUCAAGAACAUCAAGUACCGCGACUGGACGGACGCCGUCCAACCGCCCAGCAAGUACCGAAAGCCGUCCGACAACGAGCUCACCCAGCUGUUGUUCCAGAUGGGCAUCUGUAUAAUGCCGGCUCGGAUGCCGGAGGAGGUGCGUCGCUGUCUGUUCUGCCAUAUGAUCGGGGACGCCAUGUCUGACGGGCCGGCGCGCCUGCUCAACUUUGACGUCGACAAAUGGGUGCACCUCAACUGCGCGCUCUGGGCCGACGACGUGUACGAGACCGAGAGCGGUGCCCUGGUCAACGUGGACCUGGCGCUGAAAAAGUCGCUCAACAGUACCUGCACGCUCUGCAAGGAGACGGGUGCCUCCGUCAAGUGUUUCAAGGUGCGCUGCGACAAGGCCUACCACCUGGCGUGCUCGGUCAAGGACAAGUGCACGUUCUACAAGACGAAAGCGGUGUACUGCCGCGAGCACUGGCUGAAGGGGGAGAAGGACAACGAGCUGACCACGCUGGCCGUCUACCGGCGCGUCUACAUCGAGCGCGAGGAGGACAAACAGGUGGCGGUGGUGAUGCACCAGGCCGGCUCGGACCAGUCGCACCUGCUGCGGGUCGGCACCCUCAUCUUCCUGUCUGUGGGACAGCUCCUGCCGCACCAGUUGCCGGCCUUCCACACGGGCAACUACAUCUACCCCAUCGGAUACAAGAUCAUCCGUCUGUUCUGGAGUUUCCGUCGCGCCAACAAGCGCUGUCAGUACGAGUGCUCGAUCCAGGAGAAGGAAGGCCUGCCCGAGUUUGUGAUCGUGGUGCGCGAGCCGCCGCUUAAAGAGGUCACCUUCACCGAUGCCACCUGUCUGGGCGUCUGGAAACAGGUGCUCCGUCCGCUGGCGCGGCUCCGGGAGCAGGCCGGCAUGGUGCGCCUGUUCCCCCAGUACGUCACCGGCGAGGAUCUGUUCGGUCUCACCGAGCCGGCCAUCAUCAAGAUCCUCGAGUCGCUGCCGGGCAUCGACACACUCACCGACUACCGGUUCAAGUACGGCCGUAACCCGCUGCUCGAGCUUCCCCUGGCCAUCAACCCGACCGGCUGCGCGCGAUCAGAGGCCAAGCUGCGCACCCACUUCAACCGGCCACACACGCAGCGGCCGGGCGGCGGCCACGCGCGCAGUCUGGCCCAGAUCAGCUACACGUCCGACAGCAGCGCGCCCUACUCCAAACAGUUUGUCCACUCGCGCAGCUCCCAGUACAAAAAGAUGAAACAGGAGUGGCGCAACAACGUCUACCUCGCCAGGUCCAAAAUCCAGGGCCUGGGCCUGUACGCGGCGCGCACGCUGGAAAAGUUCACCAUGAUCAUCGAAUAUAUCGGCGAAGUGAUCCGGAACGAGCUUGCAGAGUGCCGCGAGAAACGCUACGAGGCCGCCAACCGCGGCAUCUACAUGUUCCGUGUGGACGAGAACCAUGUGGUGGACGCCACGCUGAGCGGCGGCCUGGCGCGCUACAUCAACCACUCGUGCAACCCCAACUGCAUCACCGAGAGCGUCGAGGUGGACAGGGGCCACCACAAGAUCAUCAUCUUCGCCAACCGGCGCAUCCAGCGCGGCGAGGAGCUGGCGUACGACUACAAGUUUGACAUUGAGGAUGACAGCAAUAAGAUACCGUGCCUGUGCGGCGCGCCCAACUGCCGAAAGUGGAUGAACUGAGCGGCCGACUCAGCUGCGGCCGCUGGCCGACUGAGGGGCGCGCGGCGCCACAGGGGCUGCUGGCUGCGCCGCAGGGCCCCCCACAGAGACUCCAGUGUCAGUGUAUGUGUAUGUGUGUGUGUGAGAGUGAGUGACCGGCGGCCGCCGGGCGCGGACGACACGGGCUGGUAACCGUUUGGGCGGUGUUUUGUUGUUGCGUUGCACGCGAGGGCUGGUCGCCCGCAUACUGGUGUCCCGUUGUACGCUGGCAUUAUCGUGUUUCUCAUUUGCAUAUAUUGCGUGAAUACACAUGUUCUAAAUG